AUGGCAAUAGGAUCCUUAACCUUGUAUGUGCUAUCUGUGAUAAUACUUAUCUCAGAUGCUUUUACUUCUGGAAUUCUUUCAAAUUUGCUUUCCUUCUUACCUUACGAAGUUAUAACUAAGACUCAAAUAUGGAGGUUAUUUCCAUCAUUCCUUUUUAAUUGUAAAAUUGAUCAUAUGAAAAAGCUUCAAUUGAAAGCUUUUUACUGAGUUUUGUAUUUACUUAGAAUUUACUUGCUGAAAGGGAGAAGGCAUAAGGAACUGCUCUCUUUUUUAUAGAAAUUACUCUAAAGACAUUUUUCAUUGAUGUAAUAAAUAGUCUCUCACUAUUUAGUCAAUUAUAACACUAUUCUAUUACAUAGAAAUUAACACAUACCUUUUCUACUACGUCCAUCCUUCACACGGAUUAUGGAAUAUGUUUUUUUACAUGAGCGCACUUAAGUAAAUUCUAAUUCUAUAAGUAAGGUGUUAUUUGUAACCACUACACGAAACCAAAUUAUUCUUUUUUGACUUUUAAUUCCCCAACAAAUUAAUUCCAAUAAUAAUGAAUAUCAUCUUUAUCUUAUUUAUUGAUCCAGUCGGUCCAAUAGUUUCAACUUCUUUAGGACUGUUAGAUGCUGUUAUAACAUCUGGAUCUCCUUGUAGAUGUGUAAGUAUUGUAAAAUAACUUAGAAUAUCAUAACAAAGGUUGAACAAUACCUAUGUUGCUGUUUGAAGCACUAAUCCAAUUUUAUCAGAAACAGAGAUGCAGAAUUUUCAGAAGACACCAUCGAUAUACUUAAGCUUGAUUUUAAUACGAUAUCGAAUAAUUUCUACCCUCUUCGAUUAUAAGGAAGUGUAAAUAAAGGAGUGGAAUUGCCAUAAACAUAAUAAACAUAAUAAAUAAUAAUUUCAAAUGUUGAUAGGAUGCUGGCCUAUUCUUCAUAAUAAUAACAGGAAGGACUAUGAUG